UUUUCGGCCUCUCUUUCAUUUUUCUCGCUGUUCAAAACCCAAGGAAGUUGGCUCUACCGGGACUGCAAUUAAGUUUUUGGUUAAAAGUUAAAAGCUUUCUGGUUCCCCCUUGGCUGAAAUCUGAAAUGCCCGUGGAAGCGGGAACAAAAAUCCCUGCAAAACUUUCAAAAACCAUACGCUCUCGCUAGUCCUCUCACCAUUUCUCUCUUCUUUCUCUCUGCCUAGUCUUGAAACCCAAUCGUCCCGCCAUGUCCGAUCAAGAGAAUUGCGGGAGGGCCACUCGAGCAGCCAAGAAGAGGGCCGCCGCCGCCAUUGCUGAACUGCAUGUUACCACCAAGAAGCGCGUGGUGUUGGGAGAGCUCACCAACCUGCCCAAUGUUGUCGUGCCGGUGAAGCCAUGCCCUCGGCAAGAGAUUCAGGGGGAGAAAAGUGGCAGUGUCAAGAGAAAACUCAGAAAAGUGCUGCCCGCAACCACGCCGCCGCCCCCCAACCCCAAUGAUGCUGAUGAUCCUCAAAUGGUUGGGUCUUAUGCUUCAGAUAUUUACGAGUAUCUCCGAACGUUGGAGGUGGAUCCCAGAAGAAGACCGUUACCUGAUUACAUUAAAAAAGUUCAGAGGGAUGUUGAUCCUAAUAUGAGAGGCGUUCUGGUAGAUUGGUUGGUGGAAGUAGCAGAGGAAUACAAGCUUGUUUCAGACACUCUCUAUCUUACCGCUGCUUAUAUCGAUAAAUAUCUAUCGUUAAAUGCUCUCAGCAGGCAGAAGCUGCAGUUACUGGGUGUUUCUUCGAUGCUAAUUGCCUCGAAAUAUGAAGAGAUCAAGCCUCCUGAAGUGGAAGAGCUUUGUUACAUUACGGACAACACAUACACCAAAGAGGAGGUUGUGACCAUGGAGGCUGAAAUACUCAAGUCAUUGAAAUUUGAACUGGGAUAUCCUACAGUAAAGACAUUUCUAAGAAGAUUCUGUAGAGUUGCUUUGGAGAAUUAUGAGGCUUCUGAACUCCAGUUUGAAUUUCUUACUUGCUACCUUGCGGAGCUCAGUUUGUUAGAUUAUAGUUGUGUGAAGUUCUUGCCUUCUUUGGUGGCCGCCUCUGUUGUGUUUCUUGCCAGAUUUAUGUUAAGCCCAAAGACCCAUCCUUGGAAUUCCACGCUCCGUUUACACUCCAGGUAUAAAUCAUCUGAAUUGAAGGACUGUGUGUUGGUCAUUCAUGACUUGUAUCUCAGUAGGAGAGGCGGGUCUUUGCUAGCUGUAAGAGAUAAAUAUAAACAGCAUAAGUUCAAAUGUGUUGCAACAACGCCUUCUCCUCCAGAGAUACCACUUUGUUAUUUUGAGGUUACAGAGAUGGAUCAUUAGGCAAUUGUGGGCAUGACCUAGGUUUCAACUGUUGGCGGAGACUGAGGAGGCAAGUUUUAAAUAUCUGAAAACAAGAUUUUUUGUGUAUGAUGAUCAUUGGAGUGGUUGCCGUAAUGCUAAGCCAUUAAGCUAACUGACUUAGAUUGUAGUUUGUGAAGCGGUUUAGAGUAUUCUUUGGGAGAAUUCUAUCAAGGUUGUUUGUGUGUAUAGGGGAAAGCUGUGUACCAUUUCUCUCCCUUUAUUGCUCUCUCUACAAUGAACUAAAUGUUUUGUAAUUUAGCACGUAACCAGUGGUGGAUGUUUACUUGUA